GCGAAGGAUGGGCGGCGAGUGGACCCCACGGCGGGUCCCACGCUUGCUCCUCCAGUGGCCUUGGGAGGAGUUUGCCGCGUGCAAAGAACAGAAGCUAUUAGAGUAACAACGUCCCGGCUUUUCUUGAGUCUCGGCUCCAACAGGAGUGUUGGACUCUCUUGCAUACCCACCUUCCGUGAUAGACCACGUGCUCUCUGCCUGCAGCUAGUUUGAUCAACAUUGGGGUGUACUUGGGCUUCCUCAGUCUUGGACUGAAGACUUGGGGCAGUGCUCAGAGGUGGAGGUGCAGAUACAGGCCAGGCUAAUUUUUGCAGGUUACUUUCCUAAAACUGCUAGGAGGAAUGUCGCUGGCUCGCACUUCAGGGCUUCUUUUGCUGAUACUGCUGCUGAUAGAACCCAGGAAGACUCUGGGCAAUGGUCACUCUCUCUGCCUCAAGCUCACUGUCAAAUCUCAGUCCAGACCUGGGCAGCCCUGGUGUGAAGUCCAGGGCUCAGUGGACACAAAGCCUUUCCUCCGGUAUGACAGUGACAGCAACAAGGUCAAAGCUUUGGGUCUCCUGGGGGAGGAGGUAAAUGCCACAAAAGCAUGGACAGAAUUGAGCGAAAUGCUGCGAGAAGUGUGUCAAGAGCUCAGGAUGGUCCUGCCUGUCAUGAAACUGGAGCAAAAGGAGCCCGGGGGUCCUCCCACCCUGCAGGUCAAGCUGUGUUGUCAGCGUGAGGCCGAGCGACGCACUGGUGCAUCCUUACACUUCAACCUCAAUGGACAGCCAGCCCUCGUCCUUGAUGCGAUGAGCAUGAACUGGACAGUCCUCAAUCCUGGAGCCACAGGGAUCAAGGAAGCGUGGGAGAACAACCAGGAACUGGCCGCGUAUUUCAGCAAGAUCUCAAUGGGAGACUGCGGUCACUGGUUUAGGGAAUUCCUCGAACACUGGGAGAACAUGCUGGAACCAGAGCCCACAGAACCCCUGAUAAAGGCCCUGGAUAAUGGCCAGUCCGCCUCCAUCCAGUUACCUGAAUGUGUCAUCCCAUUGAUCUUCAGCUGCUUCGUCCUGAUUGGCACCAUCAGUCUGUGUCUGUGUCUUCUUCAAGCUUGCGGCACCCGUCACUCACCUCGAGUCGCCGAGCUGGUCUCGGCACUGGAGUGGCCUGUAGAGUGGACUGCUGACCUCAAAAUCACCUCAAAACACUGCUCAAACAAAGGAGUAACUACACCCAUACCGGGACAAGAAGAAGCCAUCAGAAGUAGACAGCUAUCCCAAGAUGCCGGAGUUGAUCUGUAUGAUUAUUUGCAGUGCCUUCUUCAUUUCUUGGACCCUUGCAUAUGAAUCAAAUGGAGUUUUUUCUAUCAUGAGCAUAAUCUUGUGCAGAUUUUAAAAUUAAUUCAAUUAUUGGGUUUAUGGUCAAUUACCUUUAUCCAGUACUCCUGGGUUACCUUGGUAGGCUUCUCCACUCCAAGGCUCCAACUGGAUGGUCCUCAGGAAAUUUAUUCUAGAAGAAAGAGUUGUAGUUCUCUUUCAGCAACUAUUGAUAUUGCUACACGGAACUCCUUCACUGGACCAUGGCCAAAAAUGUGAAUUUUCUUUUAAAAUUAUUCAAACAAAAUCAAAGCAGUAAGCAAAAUUUCGGUCAAAGAACAUAACCGCCCUCAGUUAUGGAAUGGGUUUACGUGGCUAAAUAAAUGUGACCACACCAGGCUAUGGUCAUUUAAGUUUAAGGACGCCCCCCUUCUGUUGGAAACAAUUAAACCAUACUAUGGAUAAUCAGUCUAAUAACACUAGGAAAUUGGAUUGGGUAGCUUAUGAACAAUGAAUGCCCUUAUAUCACUUCCCUUAAAGAUAAGAAUUGGUACAGAGACCUGAGGAUAUACUUGGCUAUGCCUAAUGGGAGUUCUUGACUUAAAUUCUUACUUAUGACCUUCCUAGUACUACUAGCUAUAUUACUUGUAUUCUGCCUGUUUUAUAAGAUUGUUGUGUCUUGCGUUACCAAAUAUGUGACAAGCCUCCGAUAAAAUGAUGACUAGGUGACGUGAAGCAGUCAACCAGAUAUACAGUUCUGUAUAAAAGCAAUGAUUUUAAAAGUGUAACUCUAGAUAGGGACAAAAGCAACAAGGGGGAAUCUUUUCCUGGACCAGAACAGAGUAACACAGGUGCUCCAGAGACUAUUGGCUGCUAUUAAUAGGGCCUAGUCCAGUACUAGCACACUGAGUGGCGUAUCAACGAAAUGCUUGCCUGCCCUGGGGGCGAGCAUUCCCAGCACCAGGGAACACAAUGGUCGUGAAAUGCCUCACAAACCGUGGUUGAAUUUAUGACCAUGAGGGGGACACUGCACACUAAAGAAUGUUGCUUGCUCUCUAAGGAUUAGGUCAUUAGUCAUGUCAGUCACUGACCUUUAACAGAGCCUGAAAGGAGUUUAAGGCAGAGAUCAGGAAUAAGACACUCUGUGCUUUGGGAAAAACUGGCAGAAGAGGUCUUCAGAUAGUUACACAUUUUUAGGAGAAAGUUUUAUGAACCCAAUUUCUUUCCUCUUCUCAUACCUAGAAAAGCACUACAAUCAUUAAUGGAGACAGCUGCUCCUCAUAACUAGCAACAACCUUCUGCUGAGAUGUGUACUUGACUGCACGUACCUCCUUCACCAAAAUCACAUGUACAUACUGACCUCUCCCCGCAUCUCUUCAGAGCAGUUCUUCAGAGCUAUCUGACAGGGUGUCUCCCAAACAAUAGUCCUCAGUAAGCCCCACAUAAAAGUUAACUCACAGCUCUCAUGCUCAUGGGUGGGGUUGUUUCUUAUCAGGUGAAUAACAAAGACUACAUCCUGGCAGGUGCAGGAAUUUUGAUAUUUGGGAGACAUUUAAAGGAGAGAAAUCCACCCAAGCAGAAUCUGAGGGCAAGCCCUUUGGCUUCCCUGGCUUUGAGAGGCCUUUCAAAAUGUCAGUCUGAGACUCCUUAUGGAAAGUUUCAGCACAGACAAUUUAAAAGAGCCUAUGUGAUCAAUUAAUCAGAGUUACUUUGCAAACAGGUUAGUCUUAAUUUGGCUCUAUUUGGCAAAAAAUGAGGGUAAAUUUAGAGAGAAAUUUACUGCAUCUUAAUUUCUAAUUUUUUUAAUUGAGGUCUGUAUUUACUAAGACCCACUUCCCAGAUAAUCCUUCAUGUUAUAUUACGUAGUUGUAAACUGUAAUUGAAUUGUUCAAAGGACACUCUUAAAUUUGUUUCUGAAGCUUAUCACAGCAAUCUGUCUUUAGAUGAAGAUCAGAUGCACCAUGAUCUGUGACCAGGCCCUAUCAAAAUUAAAAGUUAUUGUGUUAGCCAUACUUUUGCCCUGCUGUUCAGGAAGAAAAGAAAAUUAUCUAGUGAAGUUGUCACAGAGUAUAACUACUAUGUAACACUGCUUGCCUUAAGUCUACUGCUAAAAGCACAAGUACAAUAUUUGUAUUAUAAUUCAGUAUAAUUGAUAAAAUGGAUACCCUAUAAAAUGUU